AUGAAGUCCGAAAUCCUCAUCGUUCUGAGCAUCCUGUUCGCUUUGGCACCUGCCACACCCACCACGCCCAACAACACCCAGAACAUCUCCGAGAUUAUCUCCAGCCUUCCGCAGGACAACAAUGGAGUCCUCUACCUCGGAAAUGACGGCGUGCUUCGAUCCGUCGACGCCAGCGGCAGGGUCGUGGCCUACCAACAGUUGAGCCCGGACCAAAUCCGCGAAUACAACAGCAAGUUCCCUGCGGCAGAGCAGGAUCGUCUGUCCCGGGACUUCCAGGGCGUUGACGGUCGUGACGUGACCAAUCUCGACCAGCUUCUCAACCCCGACCGCAACUUGCUGCCGCCUAUGACCACCACCACCACCGUGUCUCAGCAGCAGCCAACGAGCACCAAUGUACCGGGUCGGAACACCUGCGGAAAUGUCGGAUGCACUUCGCAGCGUGAGUGUCGCCAGAACGGAUGCAACAAUUGUCUCCAGGCGGAUCAUAUGGCGAUGGGCUACUGCCAUUAG